AUGCCUUUGCUUAUUCCUGGGCGUAGAGCUCCUGGAUUUGAUGUUGAUGUGUUUUUACGACCGCUAAUAGAUGAGCUAAAUGAGUUAUGGGAGGUAGGGGUAGAGACCUACGAUGCAUCAAGUGGCUCUAAUUUUCAAUUGCGCGCAGCAUUAUUAUGGACUAUCAAUGACUUUCCUGCGUAUGGUAAUUUAUCUGGUUGGAGCACCAAAGGCAAAUUGGCUUGUCCGUCAUGCAAUGAGAAUGCAUCUCACCAAUACUUGCAUCAUUGUAGAAAAACUUGUUACAUGGGACAUCGUCGUUUUUUGCCUCAUGAUCAUUUUUUGCGAACAAGCAAGUCAUUCAAUGGUGAGCCAGAGCUUAGGUUAGAACCUAAGUUGUUAUCAGGAGAGGAGGUCUUGGGUCAAUUGGGGCAUAUAGACCCAUCAUUAUUUGGGAAAAUAGAUCACCGUGGGAAGAAGCGAAAACGUUCUCCUCAAUAUUUAAAUUGGACAAGGAGGAGCAUUUUCUUUGAUUUACCUUAUUGGAAAACCCUCAAAGUUCGUCACAACCUUGAUGUUAUGCACAUUGAAGAAAAUGUAUGUGAUAGUGUUCUAGGAACAUUGAUGAACAUUGAUGGAAAAACCAAGGACACAUACAAGGCUCGUCUUGAUCUAAUGGAUAUGGGUAUAAGGCCUGAAUUACAUCCAAGGGAAGUACAUGGCCAAACAUUCCUACCUCCUGCUUGCUUCAUGUUGUCUCCAACUGAAAAGAGGAACUUUUGUGAAUUCUUGAGUUCAAUUAAAUUGCCAGAUGGCUAUGCAUCAAACAUAUCACAUUGUGUGAACACUAGUGACUGUCGAAUUACGGGGUUGAAAAGCCAUGAUUGCCAUGUUAUCUUGCAAAGAUUGCUUCCUAUUGCUCUACGUGGAUGUUUGAAAAAGGAUGUGAGCAAGGCAUUAAUUGAGUUUAGCUUGUUCUUUCAGGAGUUAUCGUCAAAGACAUUGAGAGUUGAUGUCUUAGAACAACUAGAGAAAGAUAUUGUUUUAAUUUUGUGCAAGCUCGAGAAGAUAUUUCCACCAUCUUUUUUUGAUAUUAUGAUUCAUUUAUCCAUUCCCUUAUCGCGUGAAGCAAUCCUUGCAGGACCGGUGCAAUACCGGUGGAUGUAUGGAUUUGAAAGGUACAUGCAUAUUCUUAAGGGUUAUGUGCGCAACAAAGCUCGUCCAAAAGGAUCUAUUGCUGAAGGUUACAAUGACAAUGAGGCUCUCACUUUUUGCUCUAUGUACUUCCAUGAAGGUGUGACAAGAUUUAAUAGACCUGAACGAAACUAUGAUGGGCCUAUUGAGGCAGCACAAGAUGGAAACUUGUUUGUAUUUAGGCAAAAAGUUUGUGGAUUAGGAGCUGCAAUUAAUGAUGUGUUGAAUUUAGCGAAUUUGAAAAAAGUUCGAUGGUACGUGUUGAAUAAUUGUGAUGAAGUUCGACCAUAUAUGCUGCAAUACAUGGAUGAACUUGAAGGAUAA